AUGACUUUGCUUUCUCUGGCUCGAAAUUCCUCUCGUAUCAUCACUGUUCCCCUUUCAUUGGCUUUUCAAGAUCUACAACUUGACCUCCAACCUGAACGCUAUGCACGCAUUCCAUGA